AUGGCGACUGUAUUGGGGGUGGACGAAGUAAUCGGUAUGUUACAUGAUGGAAAUGAAAGUGAUGACAUGGAAGAUUUUGAACCAGUCAACAUGGAAACAAAACUGAAGUCACGACGAAACGUAUUAGAAAGUAAAGUUUCGGAGAUUACAGAAUCUAUUCGUAGUUCAGAGCCAGGAAUACAACUUGAUACUGAAUUGUUUAAAUCAAGUACGGUUCAAUUUAUGGAGGCAUGUUUGAAUGUUUGUUGUUCCUUUAACACUGGAGAUAUAUCUGCUGCUUUACAAACAAGCAUUAGUUGUGGUUCAGUUCUUCAGCGUGAAAGUACACUGUGGCUCAAAUUAAUUAACAGAGGAAUUAGUGCUCGUCAAAGAAUCAGAAAUCCUUUUUAUGCCGAGAUAAAGAGAGACCUUCCCUUUGAUGUUUUCAAAGCACUUCAGCUAGCAGUAAAAACCAGUUCUCUUGCAGAAUUCAAGGAACCAAAUUGCUAUGUUUCCAGCAACAGAAAGGUUACCGUCAUGUCUUUGACUUCGAAAGACAGUGUUUUGCAGCUUUUUGCUUACUGCAUAUCAUAA